AUGCCACCUCUAAACCUAACCCCCCUCACCUCCCUCCGCCUAAGCACACACUACAUCCCCUCCCACUCCCUCAUCCCCAACACAACCCCCCACGGCCACCCGCUCUUCAUAUACCACUCUGCCUUUCCCCCCUCCACACCGCCCUCAACCCUAGAAGCCCACUUACCCCUCAACAACCUCACCCCUCAAUGGCGCUACACAAUGUACACCACAACACACUACCACAGCACAACCCACGAGAUCCUCUGCAUCUACUCCGGCCGCGCCAUCCUCCUCUUCGGCGGCGAGUCUAAUCCAGGGCGGGUUGAAACCGAAGUUGGCGCUGGGGACGCGGUUGUUGUGCCCGCGGGGGUGGGGCAUAGGUUGGUGCAGGAUUUGGACGGCGGGUUCAUGAUGGUGGGGAGUUAUCCCAAGGGGUGUAGUUGGGAUAUGUGUUAUGGGAAGGAGGAGGAGGAGGGGAAUGCGGAGGCUGUGAAGGGGGUGGUGUGGUUGGAGAGGGAUCCGUUGUUUGGGGAGGGAGGGCCUGUGACGUGGAGUAGGGAGAGGCUGGAAAGGUUUUGUCAGGGGGAGAGGAGUGAAUUGUGA